CCCUGCUCCUGUGAACAGGAAACUGCUCAAACCAACUAAGGUAUUUAAUUUGACCGCGACUCUACAACACAACCAGAGCUCCAAAGGCUGCUUCGCUUUUGUGGGACGGCCAUGGAAUGAGAAUGCAGAACUUCCCCUGGCAGCUCCAAACUGCUGAAGCCAGUGUGUUUGUGCUCACAUUGAUCCCAAUUGUAACGAACAGACUUUGAGAGAAGUGGCUGGUCGCCUGUCGGAGUUUUGAAGCUACAUUCACAAUCUCCGUGGACUUUCUUCAGGUUAGAGACUCCAACCGAAGAGGUGUGACUGAAAAUCCAUGUCUGAUUCCCCAGCCCCUGCAUGGACAGGCUCCAACAGUGAACUGGACCAGACGUACUGACAGCGCCCUCUAUUGUUUGAGAUGCUUCAGUACACAGAGUAGACACGGCAGUUUCUUUCGGACAUUCCUGCUAACACAUUGGUAGCAAUGGCUUUGCCUGGUGGCUAUCAGGAGAACGAGAUCAUCAUCAGGCAUUAUAACUACACAGGAAGAUUGCACAACAGGACAGAGAGUGUUUCCAGCAACGCCAAGGUUGCAAUUUUCCUCCUGGCCUGUAUAUUGAUAGUCAUCGAGAAUCUGAUGGUGCUUGUGGCUAUUUGGAAAAACAAGAAAUUUCACACACGGAUGUACUACUUAAUCGGGAAUCUUGCCCUUUCAGAUCUCUUGGCCGGGGUGGCUUACGUAUUUAACAUCCUCAUGUCUGGCCACCGCACUCUGACCCUGACACCGACGGAAUGGUUCAUCAGAGAGGGCAGUAUGUUUGUUGCCUUGUGUGCAUCAACCUUCAGUCUGUUGGCGAUUGCUAUUGAAAGGCACAUGACCAUGGUGAAAAUGAGACCUUACGACUCUAAGAAGCAGUACAGGCUCUUCCUGCUCCUGGGAGCUUGCUGGAUGAUCUCCAUUCUCCUGGGGGUCUUGCCACAAACUGGAUGGAGCUGCAUUGACAGACUCGAGUCCUGUUCGACAAUGCUGCCGCUGUUCGCCAAAAGCUAUGUGGCCUUUUGCAUCACCAUCUUGACCAUCAUCUUGUUUUCCGUCGUGAUCCUGUACGUCCGCAUCUACCGGCUCGUUAGCACCAGCAGCCGUAAGAUGAAGGUGAGGAAGAACACCAAGGGCAGCCAAUCGGAGCGGGCCAUGGCUCUCCUGCGCACAGUGAUGAUCGUCGUGGGGGUCUUCAUAGCUUGCUGGUCACCUCUCUUCAUCUUCCUGAUGCUGGAUGUCGCCUGUAGCCCCAAGCAGUGCCAGAUCCUCUACAAGGCAGACUGGUCCGUGGCCCUGGCUGUGCUGAACUCAGCUCUGAACCCCAUCAUUUACACCCUGUCCAGCAGGGAGAUGCGAGGGGCCUUUUUUAAGUUGCUCUGCUGCUGUUUGGUGGGCUCAGACACAGCCAGAAGUUUGCCGAUAGCACCAACUGCAGACAACAGCAGGAGCAAGUCCAGCGGGAGCAACUUUAACAAACCCAGGGAGGAGGUAGACUCCCCAACGAUGCUCAUUUCAGCCUGUAUAGUCAAGUCAAGUGAGUUUUCAUUGGAAAAGGGCAAGUCUUGAAGUCUGUAGCAUUUCCCAGAAUAAUCCAAGGAAAGCAUCUUUACUCCUAUCAGGAUUGUGAAGGAAAGACAAUUGAUGUCGGUGCUUCUGUUUUAAUACUUGCAGACUUUCCGUUAUCGUGUACAAAAUAUCACCACAAUGUUGAUUGUUUUCACUUGAUAAGCACUCAGUGAGUAUAGUAAAGGUUAUUGGUUCGCCGCACUACAAAUACACAGAGUCCUGAUCAUCAGUUUAUUGUUAGACCACUGCCAUGAUUUACUUGCAUGCCCACAAGUUAGUGAAGGUGGGUGUAAAAAAUAGGUUGGGUGUUGUCUGGCUACAGAGAAGGAAGAGGGCCAGCCAAAACCACCUUGUUGUUGAGUGAAGCCUGCCCCAAAGUGUGCUUGAUGUGAGAGAAUUGGAAUUGGUACUGUUACCAUCAUUUCGCCACCCCUGGGAGUUAAUCGCUCACCAUCACAGCAGCGGUCUGGGGAACUGGCAGUAACUUGGAGCCAUACCCCAUUCCCAGCAGAUGUCCCAUUUUGAAGCUCCCUAGAAUUAUUUCUGCUCAGAUUGAGGCUCAACCAUUUCAGACAGAAAUGAGGAAAACUUUCUGCCACGAAAGACUUCUGAUUCUUUGGAAUUCAUCCCCCUGCAGAGCUGAGCUCAGUCACUGACUAUAUUCAGAAUAAAUAUUCAGACUGAAGGAAUAAAAGAAUAUGGGGAUAUUUGGAAAGGUAAAGUUGAAGAUCAGUCACGAUCCUGCUGAAAAAUAGAGAAGUCCAAAAGGCUGACUGCAGCUCCUAUUCAUUAUGUUCUGAAGGUCAAUGUGAGAUUUCUGCUACUGCCUCUGCUAUGUCCCCCACUAGCUCUCAGUUACUUCAGCCCCUUAUCUUUAAAAUGGCCUCAAAACCUAUACCUUUUACUUUGAAAAUGUGCUCUCUCUUGAGUCCUUUACUGGUGUCAGUCUCUCUCUCUCUCACUCACUCUCUCUUCUCCCCCACCUCAAUUCUCUCUCUCUACCCCCCUUCACCUCAAAUCUCUCUCUCUCUCACUCUCCUCCCUCACCUCAAUUCUCUACAUUUUAGGUACUCCAAUGUGUGACACAAAGGAGCUUGCAAAAUAUCACCUUGCCUGAGGGCUGAUCUAAAAAGGAAGGCCCCAGUUACCAGCUCAAUCCGACCCUGGGUGCUAAAGCUAUUGCCAACAGAUGAUAGGCUGGCGACGUAGCAAUAGACUCGACCAACAACAGAAGAUCAAUGUAAAUGUUUUUAUGUAAUCCAUCAAAGAACCUGUAUUUUUGUGCACUAUUUAUUAAAUAUUGUGAUUAUAUAUUUUUAGUUGAGCCAUGAAGAAAUAAACUUUUAAUGCUUUCAUUAGAAAA